AUGCAAACGAUUUUUCAGACAAGUGUUUUUAAGCUUAAAGAAGGAACAUCUAUCUGAAACAUUGAUUUCUCCUCAUAUUAAAAUAAUAAGGAAGUGAAAAUAUCAUUGCUUUAUGAUAUUUCUGAAGUGUGCAAUCAUCGUGAUUUAAAGGAAGUGAAGUGAAAUAAUUAAUUUCUCAAACUAUAUGCACCACUUAAUAACAGAACUAACAAGAAGCAGAAGUUUUUUGUUGGUUUCAAAUCAAACUUUUCUGACAAUUCAAUAAAAACAAUUUGAACAAGGAAAAUGUUCUCACUAUGUCCGAAUUUUACACCCCGCACUAGUCAACAAUCAAAUGAACAAAAUCAGUUCCACCAGUUUCCAUGUGGAUCUGGUGGAAAACAAAUUAAAGGAGGUUAUUUAUUAAGAUACAAAAAACAAAUUUUAUGGAAUACGUGGUGCGAAGAAUGGGUUGUCUUAUAUGAUGACAGUACAAUGGCUUGGUUUACAGAACCAGGAAAAUCAUCACCUUCCGGGAAAGUUCUUGUUAAGGAAGCUCCAGAAAUGUUAGCUAUAUCGCAAUGGACAAGUCAAGUUCCACGGCGUCCUCCAAUACCCGAAGGGUGUUCACUUUCUCAAUUAAUUGCUCUGGGUUCACGUCGCAAGAGAUCAAAGGUAUAUUGGAUGAUAGCGCAAUCAGAACACGAAGUUAGUGAAUGGAUAGCAGCAAUUUCAAAAACUCUUCCACCUGCCCCUCAAAUUGAAUUAAUUUUAGAGAAAACACAUUUCGGUGUGCUCAAAAGGCCACUGGUGCGAAUUAGACCAUCAUCAAAUUCGGAGGUGUUGCUUCAUAAACAUGAACAAAGAUAUUCAUCAAACAUAAUAAGGAUUCAUGGACAGACGCCUAUAGCAGUAAUCAAGAAAAAUUCGAAUAAAAAAGGAACUCUUGCAUAUACAAUUCCAUGGGGUUACGGUUGGGGUUGGGUAACAUUGCCUAAUGGUCUUUGGAAUGGCGCUUUAACAUGGUCACAAUGCGAUGAUUCAAUUUUACUUCAUGCUUUACCUUUAGCUGAUUCAACCAACAUGUUUGAAGGAUGUGAGGUAUAUAGUCACGUUGAAUCACAUUCGUAUGGUUUAGAAGCAGCAUCAACAAUAGACGAUAUUACGGCAGAAGAUUAUGAUUAUUCAGUUGACUGCGGGGAUUUUUUCUUUUAAAAACGUGAAGUUUCAUUUCGUAGUGUGUAUGUGUACUUGGAUGUUCGUGUUUAGUAUGUGAAUAAUCGAAUUUAGAAUAAUUGAAGCACCUAUCAUGCAAAGUGAAAUUUUGUUUAACAUUUAAUGAUAUAACGAAGCGUCAAGAUCAUUUUUAAAUUUU